GGGCCGCCUCCUUCCGCCCCCAACGCCGGGUCUCCCCUGCCGGUCUUUUCUCUCGCCAAGCCGCCACCUCGGAAGCGAGCCAUGGUUGCAGCCGCGGCGGCGGCGUGGCUGCUCCUAUGGGCCGCGGCCUGCGUGCAAUCCGAGCAGGACUUCUACGACUUCAAGGCGGUCAACAUCCGGGGCAAGCUGGUGUCGCUGGAGAAGUACCGCGGCUCGGUUUCCCUGGUGGUAAACGUAGCUAGCGAAUGUGGCUUCACAGACCAGAACUACCGAGCCCUGCAGCAGCUGCAGCGGGACCUGGGUCCCUACCAUUUUAACGUGCUUGCCUUCCCUUGCAACCAGUUUGGCCAGCAGGAACCAGACACCAACAGGGAGAUCGAGAACUUUGCCCGCCACACCUACAGUGUCUCUUUUCCCAUGUUCAGCAAGACCGCAGUCACCGGCUCUGGUGCCCACCCUGUCUUCAAAUACCUAACCCAGACUUCUGGGAAGGAGCCUACCUGGAACUUCUGGAAGUACCUCGUGGCCCCAGAUGGAAAAGUGGUGGGGGCUUGGGAUCCAACUGUGCCCAUGCAGGAGAUCAAACCCCGGAUCACAGAGCUGGUGGCAAAGCUCAUCCUUCAGAGACGGGAAGAGUUAUGACCCGGUUCCCGCUUCUCCACCACUCCCACCCCCUCAGCAAACUCAAGUGGUGCUUCACAGGCAGAGAGCCGGGCUUCUCGUCUCUUCACUCACAUAGAGGAAAAAGUCUAAGACUUGGAUGAUUUGAAUCCAAGAGCAAGGAAUAGCAACUCCUGGCCAAUGAGAGUUCUGAACAGCCAAUCGUCGGUCAGUAGGCCGCCAGCCAAAGGAAACACGGCCAGGCUAUGAGAAGCCCUGUAGAAGGGUAUGAAGCAACCAUCUCCUAGCCAGGUUCUGUAAAGGGGAGCCAAGUCUUACCUCACAGGAAGGUUGUGAGGAUUAGCAUCUAAUACCUGUGAACGUGCCUGGGGCAGUGCUAGCCAAAGAGGAAGCGUUCCGCACAUGUUCUCUGCCUAUAAACAAAGCAUUACUUGUGAUAAUAAAACUUGAACUCAACACAAA